AUGGCUCCAGUUCCAGUUGAAGAUGUACCCGACAUUCCGGGUGAGGCGCAGAACAUCGAAAACAUUCUCAAAGUCUCACUCGAAGCUCGCGACAUCGACUCCAAGUUUUCUCUGACGGCUCGCACAUUCGACGAAGACAACGUUGCCGAUUCACCCUCAAUAAGUCGCAACAACCUAAUUGCUCGAUCCGAUUCUACCACCACCUCCACCUCUACCGUCAAGUAUGGCCAAGGCACGAUUGACCCUCAUAGCAUCAAGAUGCAAGGUCUUCUGGCUUUAUUCGCCCUCAUAGGAGCGGCAUUCGUGCUAGGCGCCAUUUGGUUCUUCUUCUGGGCCAAGAACGGUGGUUUCCAUUGGCGCAAAGGUGACUGGGACGAUUACAAGUCAACCGUCCUACGCCGUAAAGGUCCAGACGGUCGCACCCUCAGUAACGCCACCAGAAGUACCAAGCUCGGCGGUGGUAGUGUUGUAGGCAAAGGAUACAGCGACGAUGGAUACACCUACACCGACGAAACAUACACACAAACCGCCUCAACAAUCAUGACCGAAGAUAAGCCAAGGCGCAAACGCAACUUCAAAGAGAAGAUCCUCCGCCGCCACCGCGAAGACCGCUGGGAAGGUGAAGGGGAUGACGACGUCCGCGCAUACCGGGAAGAGAAACCCGCCCAGAUCGGUGGCAUGAACCGCGAAGCAGACGGAACCUACCACGGCAGUGACUAUGACUCCUCCGCACCGCCUACACACUACAACCGCAGCGAUAUGAGCGAAGUCCGCGACUAUGCGUACGAAAAACCUCGUCGCUCGAAGACAAAGCAAAAGCGUAAUGUAUCCGGCUUCUCCUUCACUGCUGGCAGCGAAGAUGUGCUUAGCCAAACAACCGAGGAGCAUCAAUUGCGUGACCCGUCUACUCGCCGAGACCGGGACCGAGAGCGUGAGGCCCGCGAAGCCCGUCGCGAAGCCCGUCGUCAGGAUCGUCGCAGUGCGGCUGCUUCUUCGGUUCCUUCGUCCAGGACUAGUAGCCCGCGCAAGAAGGAGACUCGUAACAUGCCCGGUCACUUUACCGAACCGCUUGACUUCUCAUCAUCUGGGACUCGAUCCGAGUACCAGUAUUCUAAUGUCGAUACAGAAGACUCGGGUACUAAGAGUUAUCACCACCCGAUCGCCGGAUUGAAAAAGGGUUACCGUCGUGAUGAUUCCCGUGCUGCCCGACGGAGCCGCCGUCGGGAUAGUCUUAGUGACAGCGAUGGCGAUGAGACCCGAUACUCAUGA